ACCUGCGGCCCACCGGGCUGGUGUCCCCCAGCGGCCGGCAGCGCCACGCAGCUCCGGGAGCGCCGCCUCCGUGGGGCGCCCCGCGCAGGAGCCAUGACCCUCCGCAGACUCAGGAAGCUGCAGCAGAAAGAGGAGGCCGCCGCCGCCCCGGACCCCGCUGCCCGGGCCCCGGACUCGGAUGCUGCUCCAGCCCCGACCCGGGCCUCAGGUCCCCCGGCUGCAGCCGCCACCCCCGGGGCGCCGGCCGACGAGCUGUACGCGGCGCUGGAGGACUAUCACCCCGCAGAGCUGUACCGCGCGCUCGCCGUGUCCGGGGGCACCCUGCCCCGCCGGAAGGGCUCAGGAAUCCGCUGGAAGAAUCUCAGCCAGAGUCCUGAACAGCAACGGAAAGUGUUGACUUUGGAGAAGGAGGACAACCAGACUUUUGGCUUUGAGAUCCAGACUUACGGGCUUCACCACCGAGAGGAGCAGCGUGUGGAGAUGGUGACUUUUGUCUGCCGAGUUCAUGAAUCUAGCCCUGCACAGCUGGCUGGACUCACACCAGGGGACACCAUCGCCAGUGUCAAUGGCCUGAAUGUGGAAGGCAUCCGGCAUCGCGAGAUCGUUGAUAUCAUAAAGGCAUCAGGCAAUGUUCUCAGACUGGAGACUCUGUAUGGGACAUCAAUUCGAAAGGCAGAACUGGAGGCCCGACUGCAAUACCUGAAGCAAACCCUGUAUGAGAAGUGGGGAGAAUACCGGUCCCUAAUGGUUCAGGAGCAGCGGCUGGUGCAUGGCCUGGUGGUGAAGGACCCCAGCAUCUAUGACACGCUGGAGUCCGUGCGCUCCUGUCUCUACGGGGCUGGCCUGCUUCCUGGCUCGCUACCCUUUGGGCCUCUGCUGGCCGCGCCCGGAGGACCCCGAGGAGGCACCCAAAAGGCCCACGGUGACACCGACGACGCCGUCUACCACACCUGCUUCUUCCGGGGCGCAGAGCCGCCCGCGCUGCCGCCGCCGCCACUGCCUCCGGCGCGUCCCCCCAGCUCCGCGGAGGCGCUGGUGUCCGGGCCUCGAGCCGCGCUGACCCGCAGCGCAAGUGUGCGAUGCGCCCUGGGCGCUGGCGGGGGAGGCGGCGGGGGCGCCCCGGGCACGCUCUGGACUGAGGCCCGCGAGCAAGCCCUGUGUGGCCCCGGCCUGCGCAAGACAAAGUACCGCAGCUUCCGCAGGCGGCUGCUCAAGUUCAUCCCCGGACUCAACCGCUCCCUGGAGGAGGAGGAAAGCCAGCUGUAGGGGCGGGGGUGGCCAGAGAGGUAUUUAUUUAUUUAUUCCUAACAGCCAGUGCAAAGAGUGUGGGGGGAGUGCGGACCCCUACCGGAGGACCCUAGGAGCCCAGAGCAGCGGGAGAGGGGCCUGGCCUCCUGGCUGGCUCUGGCUGUUUCAUGGCUUGUCUCUGCCAGAGGGGUGGAGCACAGCGGGGGCGCCCCAGUCCUCUCCUCGGAACUCAGAGGGUUCUGGGGCUGGAGGAGAACAGGCAGUUGGGGUUGGGAGAGGUCUGGGGGACCAAAGAUGGGUGUGCUAUCCUAGUGUGGGUCAGUAGUGCCUUGUGGGCGUCCAGGAAGAACUCCUCCACCCGGGAUGUUACCCCGUCCCCGCUCCAAGCCCUCUUCCUCAGUUUCCCUAGCUCCCCUACCUUUAGCUUCCGGGAAAAGUGGCCCUGUGCUGGUCAUCCCACUCCCCAUACACAGCUCCGGUGUGCCCCAAGGGGGCAAGGUGCUGGACCCCUCCCCUGGCCUUGACCCCUAAGGGCUUGGCCCCUUCCAGGGGCCUGUAACUAAGUGGGGUCCUGCUGGGUGGGGUCCUGGUUCUGUGCCCCUUGGGGAACAAGAAUGGACAUGUUAGGGUAGGGUAGAGGCAGCACAGACUGCUCUGUCGUUUUGCAUUUGUUGCUUCUGAACCACAAACUGUAUAAAAUUGAUGGGUUUUUGCA